AUUUACCUCGACGGCUCCGCCGCGCCUCAGCACGAUAAGGUGGAGAAGCGGGCCGCCACCAUGCCCGACUCGCCGGCCGACGUGAAGACGCAGGCCAGGUCGACGCCGCCCAGCAUGCCCCCGCCGCCGGCCGCCGCGCAGGGCUCCGCGCGCCACCCCUCCUUCGCGCCCAGCACCAAUCGAGACGCCGGACCGCCGACGUUUCUGCCUCGCGGCCGUUUUCAUGGUUGCUUGAAAUGGUCCAUGGUCUGUCUCUUGAUGAACGGCAGCAGCCACUCGCCGACGGCCGUCAACGGCGCCCCGUCCACCCCCAACGGCUUCAGCAACGGGCCGGCCACCUCCUCCAGCGCCUCGCUCGCCAACCACCAGCUGCCGCCGGCCUGCGGCGCCCGCCAGCUCAGCAAGCUCAAGCGCUUCCUCACCACGCUGCAGCAGUUCGGCAACGACAUCUCGCCCGAGAUCGGCGAGCGGGUGCGCACGCUCGUCCUGGGGCUCGUGAACUCCACACUCACCAUCGAGGAGUUUCACGCCAAGCUCCAGGAGGCCACCAACUUCCCGCUGCGGCCCUUCGUCAUCCCCUUCCUCAAGGCCAACCUGCCGCUGCUGCAGCGCGAGCUGCUGCACUGCGCCCGCAUGGCCAAGCAGACGCCGGCGCAGUACCUGGCGCAGCACGAGCAGCUGCUGCUCGACGCCAGCGCCUGCUCGCCCGUCGACUCCUCCGAGCUGCUGCUGGAGGGCGCCGAGGGCGGCAAGAGGAGGACGCCCGACAGGACCAAAGAGAACGGCUUGGAGCGCGAGCCCCCGCACGCCGAGCACCUCAGCAAGCGGCCGUGCACGCUGAGCCCCGCGCAGCGCUACAGCCCCAGCAACGGGCUGGGCCCCCCGCCCAACGGGCUGGCGGCCCCCGCCGGCGCCCUGCCCCAGCACUACCGCCUGGAGGACAUGGCCAUGGCGCAUCACUACCGCGACGCCUACCGCCACGCCGACCCGCGCGACCCGCGUGAGCGCCACCGGCAAGCGGCGGUGCACGGGACGCGCCAAGAGGAGGUCAUCGACCACCGCCUCACGGACCGCGAGUGGGCCGAGGAGUGGAAGCACCUCAACAACCUCCUCAACUGCAUCAUGGACAUGGUGGAGAAGACGCGGCGGUCGCUCACGGUGCUGCGGCGCUGCCAGGAGGCCGACCGCGAGGAGCUCAACCUCUGGAUGCGCCGCUACAGCGACGCCGAGGACAUGAAGAAAGGGCCCCCGGGGCGCCCCCCCGGCGGCGCCGAGGCCCCACAGCUCGACGCACACCGGGAGUUCGCGCCGCGGCCCCUUGCCGGCUACAUGCCCGAGGAGAUCUGGAGGAAGGCUGGAGGAAAGCAACGGCGAGGGACCCGCAGCGCCUUCCUCGCCGACAAUGAGGAGGAGGAGGAGGAGGGAAGGGAGGAAGAAAAGACGAUGUAG